AUGGCGGCGUAUCACCCGCUGUGUGCCCUUCUGCAGCGAAGCGUCCUCACCGGUCAGGUAAAAAAAAGGGGCGACCAGUUUCACCGAGCCGUUGCCAUAAGCAGCCGAGUAGGUGGCGCAAAGAAACAGAAGAAGCUAAGCUCCAAAACGGCGAAACAUAUCAACUACGUGUUCGAGAAGAAGAAGAAGGCGGAUGAGGCCAUAAGCUUUAAUAGCCUAAAGAGGAGGAAGCUGAAGGAGGUGCCUUCUUCGCACUUUCACUUCAUUUGCCACCUUAAAAAUGGGGAAGUGCAAUCCGCGCGAAGGGGGAGCGCCUCGCUGCUGGGGGGGGUGGCCCCCGUGGGGGAGGCCACAACGGGGGGAGACCGCCCAAUUGGUGUAUCGCUUCCAACGGGGGAAGACCGCCUAAUUGGGAAAACCACAAUUGGUGAAUUGCGCCCAAUUGGUGAAUCGCUUCCAACGGGGGAAGACCGCCUAGUUAGGGAGACACCCAUCUGGGGCUCGUCCGCCGCCGGGGAGGCAUUCCAAUUCUUCCCGCGCGCAACGUUCCGGCAAGACAGGAGGGAGAAGGACCCGAAGAACACGAGCGCGCUGAGCAGCAUCGUCCAUUUGGGGAGGAACAAAGACAUCUGCAACACCUAUCUUAGAGCCAGCCUAAUGAACAUAUACCACGACGAGAAUCACAACCACGUAAUUCUAAAAAUGAUGAGGGAGGUGCAACACACACAUAUGUAUAUGAACAGCCGGCAGAUAAGUUUAAUCAUUUACAGCCUCUACCAGCACUUCUUCACCCAAGCAGUAAAACAGAUUCACGGAAAGGAUAACCCCUCGAACUGUGAGUGGUACUUAAAAUUAUUUUACAUUCUUGAGGAUGAUUUUUUUGUUCCCCCAGGGAAUAAGGGGGAGAGGUACCAAAGCGAUCUGCCCGUGGACAACAGCUUGAUGAGAAACCUCCUCAUAAGGUUAGCGAGAAAUGUAAAAACGCACAUGCAUUGUGAAGAUGACCUGAACACGCUGAGCAGAAUCGCCUUCGUCUACGCGUACUUCUCUGUGAGGGAUAACUCCCUCGUGGAGUUACUCAUUCGUAAAAUUUUCCUGUGCAUGGAUAUGAAAAAAAAUAAAAAAAUAAAAUAUUUUUCGCUAGCUGCUUUGGCCCUCGAAAAGUGGAAAUUGUACAGCGUUAAAUUUAUGCGUGCGUACUCUUCCCUUGUGGUAGAGACAGUUGAGAAGGUGACGCGGAAAGGGGAAGAGCUGCUUACCAACCGGAAGGAGAAGGAGAAGGGGAAAAAAAAAACGAAAUUAAAACAUGUCAACCUGUUCGAUGUGCACAAAAGGGAGAAGAAAAAAUUGCCGCUCAUCAGUUUGAAAGACAUUCUGACGUACUUGUAUGUGCUGAACAGGAACGACGUGAAGGACAAUCACUUUGUUGAGAGGCUGCUCAGAUAUGCAUGCUUAUUUUGGGGAGAUGACUGCGAAGCACAGGGAGGCAACUCCGGGGGGGGUCUCUCCCCCCCAUCUGUGAGCAAAAAAAGGGAAAGCUUCGACGAUGACCCUGCUUCGCAAAAGAAUAAGCUGCUAAGCAGCCCCGCAUUCCGUGGCGCCCUCUAUGCAAACAGGAGGAGACACAAAAACAGGAGUAACAUGAUGACGCUUUAUGAAUUGUACCGAAUUAGUAAGCGUGCUGCCCGCCGAAGGGAGGUGCCCCUCAGUUGUUUUGCAAAUCGGGUUUGGCUACACGGGGGGGGGGAGAAGGGGGCUCCCCGACCUGAGGAGGGAGGGGAAGGCAGCUUAGCAAUGCGCACCUUAGCAGUGCGCAACCUUCCGAUGAGUGACGAACCCGUCCAGCCAAGCAUAAACAGGGGGGAGAACAAUAGUGCAUUCUCCCCGCCCAGUUACGGGCCCGAGUCCACUGUCUUCAUCAACAAGCAACGCAGAUGGGUAAGCGUAUACAAAAAGGAAGUCAUCCCCAUGGCGAUUUUUAUGCACCACCUGACUCGGUAUGAUUACGCAUUUGUGAAGAAAAAAAAAGACUUUUCCAAAUUGACGAAACUGUACAGGGAUGUACUCCUCAAAAGUGACCUUGCAAAUCUUCACUUUUUUUACACCCACAAGAUUGUAAGAUUUUACAGGCACACAGAUAUGUGUAGCGACUUAACCACGACGUUGUACGCGUCCGCUCUUCAAAAAUGCAGACGAUAUAUUGCGUUAAAAAAUGCGGGCGUCCUCUCCGACGUGUGUGCACAGAACGUGUGCGCGGGGGUGGUCAUUUUCUACAUACAAGUUUUGAAAAGUAAAAUAAAAGAUGACCCCUUAACCGAAGCGUUAAGUGAAUUUUUGGUCAAAUUUUUUUCAACGUGUCAGCCUGAACAAGUCACCCAUCAAUUUUUAAUCCCCCCGCUGAAGCUGCUGAGCAUGUUGCAGGGUCUCCGUGUGAAAGUGGGCCCACGUAACGACAUCCGCUGCGUAACGCCGGAGGUUAAGGACAAAACGAAUGAAGUAAAAAUGAGGGGGUACAAUACGGGUGAGCUUCUACCCUGCAAUACGAACGACCAAACGGAUGAACAAAAAAACGACGUUAUGUCAAACGGACAAAAUGAGUUACCAUCACGUAGGACCAAGUUGCAACUUUUAAACGUAACCGUUGUGACAAUUUUAAAAGGGCUAAACUGGAACGACGUGGAUAGUUUUUUGCUGCUCAAAAGUUACAAAUACAUGAACAGAUUAACAUUAACUGGGCAGGAAAAAAAGGCAAAGUUUUGUAUGAACAUGGUCAGGCAAAAAAAUCAUUCCUUGUGCAGCGAAAUAACCCACGCGGUGAAAUCAAAAAUGAGCGACUUUAAUUGCGCAGAAUUGAUGAAGGUCUACCUCUACAGCGGAAAUAACUUUAAAAGGAAAACUCUCCUCUUGAGAAACUUCUUUACAAAUUUGUUGCUGUCAAAUGGGGGGAUUGUUCACAGAGGGGAUAACAACUUUUUCAUGUUGUUUUUUAAAACCGCCUUAGCGCAUGUGCACUUGGAUGGAGUAGGGGGGGAGAAAAAAAAAAAAAAAAAUUUAUAUAUUUUUAAAAAUUCCAACGAUGUGAUGAACAAACUGAUGGCGCUCAGUAGGAUUUACAUCUGCACACAUAUCGACAGCAUGCGGAGGAAGCACGUCUACUCACUAAUCAUGCACAGUCUUCUCUAUUUAUGUUCCCUUUUGCAAAAAGGAAAAAAUAAGGGGAAUUACCGUGCUGUGAGAGGCAACCCCAUUUCGCGAAUCCUUGUGGACAUUGCGAGCACCACGUUGAAGAGGUGGACUUUUGUGAACGACGAAAGGAGUCUACUCAUUUAUGUGUGUCUACUUUGUUUUCGCAACAUGGCGAGGAAAAAUAAAAAAAUAAAAAAUAUUUUUUUUAACAAAAAUGAUGAUAAGCAUUUUGUUGGGAAGUUGUCAAAAGUGUACGAAGAACAAGUUGAACAAAUCUGCCUCUCCGAGUUUGACCGCCCCACCACGACGUAUACGAACCCCUUGCUGCUCUUCCUUUUACUUAAACAUAAAAUAGUUUUACGUCACCAUAGGAGCAGGAAAGAUAUGCGAAUUGUGCAGAGGUUGGUCGGUAGUGGAACCCCGCUUCACCGCCUCAUGAUGAACGCGGCAAGUGACACUAAACUCAUGCAAGUCAUCCUGUACGCGAUAACGAAAAAUUAUUCCAUCCUGAUGGAGGAAGACCUUUUGGACGAUUUGCAUCUGCGCACAAGUGCUGUGCAGGAGCAGUCAACUAGGAACGGCACGACUUCCUCUUUCCCCCUGUUAACACAUAAUAACCCCGGAGACGUAAGCGAGUGGGUUGAACUGAUAAUGCGCACGUCAACUUGUGAAGGUCACCAUUUGGAUAACAGCAUCCUUUGCAAUUUUGUUGCACGUAAGAAGUCCGUGGAGCAGGCUGUAAAAGUCGCCUUAAGCAUGAACGUGUCGGAAACGUUUUGUUGGUAG